UCCAUAUCUCCAUCAGGGUCAUCUUCCUUCCUCUCUGCAGCCCCCAACCCAGCCUAGGAGGUUCUCAGCUUGGUCAUCUGGGGAGGGGUCCUUGCUCACCACUGGUGGGUGGGCAGCGGCCCCAGCAGGGUCAAGCGUUUCUUUUCUCCUGCUCACAGGAUCAGGCCACCACCUCCUUUUUUUGAGGAGGGGAACCUAGGGUGGGCCAAACAGCUGGGCAAGCUCAAGAGGAAACUCAAAAGUGUAGCUGCCUUGGACCUCUCCAGACUUGACUGAUCCAAAAGCUAGGCAGGUUGGUUAUGGUUAGCCCUUGGAUGGGAGACCACUAGGAGAUCCUGGGACUGCAGUAGACUAGAGGGAAUGGGACCUAGAUGCAUUUUCCACUCAUGAAUUGGGGAACAUCAUUAAUGUUUUGAGACUUCUUUAUGACAUUCUGGUUGUAUAAAUGAAUUGCUGAACCAAUCGUGGAGGACCUUUGACCUGGUGUGGUGCUCAGCUUUGCAGGAAAAAAUGGAUGCACAGUCUCUUUUAGGAAAGGGAACAGCAAAAUGGCAUCACACCAUGGAUGAGAAAACAGCCAGCCCAGAUUUACAAUGCCAGCAUUUCAGGAACGUCCGCUACCAGGAAGCCAAAGGUCCCCGAGUUGUUUGUAGCCAACUGCACCAGCUCUGUCAUCAAUGGUUAAAGCCAGAAAGAAACACAAAGACUGAGAUACUGGACCUGGUGAUCCUAGAGCAGUUUUUGGCCAUUCUGCCCCCAGAGAUGGAGAGCUGGGUCCGAGAGUGUGGAGCAGAGACCAGCUCCCAGGCGGUGGCCUUGGCCGAAGGCUUCCUCUUGAGCCAAGCAGAGGAGAAGGUGCAUGGAGAAGACCAGGUUCAAGGGCCCAUUGGGCAACACAGCACAAAGAAGAAUCUGGCUGAUCCUUCUCAAGAGAAGCUAUUUCAACAGAUCCCUCAGAAGGAUCAGAGUCAGGAUUCCUCUUCAGGAAGCAGAGUGACAUUGUUGAGACUUUCUGAAACACCUCCUCUCCAUGGCAGAGCAGAAACAUCAGCUGUGUCCGCAGCUCAGGAAUAUAAAUUUUGGAAAACAGAAGAGAAAUCAGAAGAGGACAUAAUCGAUCUCACCAAAGAAGGACAAUUCUCCAUUUUGAAUAUGGAAGCUGUGAAGCCAUUCUCUGAUGUCAUCAAACGAGAAACAGUUGAGUGGAAAACUCUUGAAAAUGGAAAGAUGGAGCCAGCUCUGGGAACAGGUGCUACAGGCAGUACUCAGGUUAUUAAAGCUGGAACAAAACCAAGACCUGUUGACCAAGUCCCCCAGAUGACACCAUAUACAAAACCAAAAGACAAAGGUAUAAAACGUAACAGGAGACACCUUGAAGAUGAUGUCAGUACAGAAUGUGUUCCAGAGCAAAAGAGGGUAACAUUUGAAGACACCUCUAGGACUGAGCUGUCGGCAAGUGAAAACCACAAGUCAGUGACACGGGCAUCCCGGGUGGUUCAGAUCGUAAAGUUAGUAAAUAUGCAUUGUCUCAUUGAGAACAAGCUGGAAAAGAUUGAAAAAUACAAAAACGAGUUAAAGAUGUUUUGGGAUGCUCUCUUUGAGAAUGAUCUAGGAACUUAUGAGGCUCAGAUGGAUCAAAUGCAGUGCAAGAUUAAACGUGAUUUUAAGUAUUCAAAGUAUUGAUGGUGCAUGUCUGAAAGCAAUACAACUUAGAGAUGGCUUCCUUCCCCCAAAAGAGGAGGAGGAUAAACAUAAAAGUGGAAGAAGCCUAAGAAACUGUUUCCUUCUAAUAUUAUUCCCAUUAACACAGAGCCAAAGGAUGUCUUUGAUGCUCCAGAGGAUAUACAGCACUGAUAACACCAGUGGAUGUUCCUGAUGUAUUAGAAGAUCAGUCUACGAUACAGAAGUCUCCUCCCAUAGUUGAGACAUCAUGGUUGAGUGUCUGAUUAGCAAGUCUGAUAUGUUCAUAAGGACCAAAUAUCCUACACUGAAACUGUGGAAACCCUUACAAAAUGCCACACACCAGGUGUCAAUUAUAUAAAUUCCUACAUUGCUGCAAGUGAGAACAGAAAAUCUUCUUUUUCCAGUUAAAAAAAACAGGAAUUCUUUUCAGAUUGAAUGUAUUUUUUAACCUAUAUUGGAAAUCUCAUGCAAAAUAAACCAAAGUUUUGCAAAGUUAUUAUUUUGCUUUAGUGGUUUUCAUUCUAAGGCCUCCAAAAGCAAGAGUCUUUUAGCAAAGUCAUUAAGGAGAGAAGCCUAUGUUAGUAGGCAUUAAUAAAGAUAGCAAUCUAUGUGUUGCUGGAGAGUUAUUAGCCAUCAUACACGCAGGAUAGCUUGCAGAUUCAGAAACAUGCACAGAUUGCAGAUGUCAGGUUCGGUCAGCACGGGGCUUCAGGGAAGCUCGCAGCCAGACCACGCGGAAUCCACCG